CAACGAACAACUUCCAACCUCAACUCAAUAGAAUCCUCGCGACCAAGAAGCAAGCGAAUCUUGGAUCAUCUUGAGGCCUGCUGUGACCAUGGCUCAAGCCGAGAGACAAGAUCCGACUCGGAUCUUAAUUCUAGGCGAGCCCAAUAUCAUCGUCGAUCACGGCCUGUGGCUUAACUUUGUUGUUGAUGACCUCCUCCAGAACACGCCUACGUCGACCUACGUCCUCAUCACAGAUACCAAUCUUUUCGACACAUAUGUGCCUGCCUUCCAAGCUCGUUUCGAGGCCGCUUCCCAGGCAACAGCCACUCGGCUGCUCACGUACACCAUCCCACCAGGAGAGGCUUCCAAGAGCCGUGAGACAAAGGCCGAGAUAGAGGAUUGGAUGCUCUCCCAGCAAUGCACCCGCGACACGGUCAUUAUAGCUCUUGGUGGAGGUGUUAUGGGAGAUAUGAUCGGCUAUGUUGCAGCUACCUUCAUGCGUGGUGUCCGCUUCGUCCAAGUUCCCACGACAUUGCUCGCCAUGGUUGACUCAUCGAUUGGUGGAAAGACUGCCAUUGAUACUCCAAUGGGCAAAAACCUUGUCGGCGCUUUCUGGCAGCCGAAGCGUAUCUAUAUUGACUUGACGUUCCUCGAGACGUUGCCCGCCCGCGAGUUCAUCAAUGGUAUGGCUGAGGUUGUCAAAACCGCCGCUAUUUGGAAUGAGACUGAGUUUACUGUUCUGGAGGAAUCAGCAGCUCGCAUCCUUGAAUGCGUUCGAUCCAAGGGCGAAAGCCGCCUGGACCCCAUCCGAGAUGUGCUGAAGCGCAUCGUUAUCGGCUCAGCGGGCGUCAAAGCAGAGGUUGUGUCUAGUGAUGAACGAGAGGGUGGUCUCCGUAAUCUUCUCAACUUCGGUCACUCCAUUGGCCACGCAUUCGAGGCUAUCUUGACGCCACAACUUCUCCACGGCGAGGCCGUUGCCAUCGGCAUGGUCAAGGAAGCAGAGCUCGCACGUCACCUUGGUGUUUUGCGUCCCGGUGCAGUUGCCAGGCUAGUCAAGUGCAUCGCCAGUUACGAUCUUCCAACCUCACUCCGUGACAAGCGUAUCAUCAAGCUGACAGCUGGUAAGAAGUGUCCUGUGGAUGUUCUUCUUGAAAAGAUGGGUGUAGAUAAAAAGAACGAUGGAAAGAAGAAGAAGAUUGUUCUGCUCUCGGCCAUUGGCAAGUGUCACGAGCCACGCGCCAGCGUCGUGGAAGACAAGGUAAUCCGGACCAUCUUGUCAUCAUCCAUUCGAGUCACCCCUGGUGUUCCUAAAGAUCUAAACGUCACAGUGGCUCCGCCAGGCUCAAAGAGCAUCUCCAACCGAGCUCUCAUCCUAGCCGCCCUCGGUUCAGGAACUUGCCGCAUCAAGAACCUCCUCCAUUCUGAUGAUACCGAGUACAUGCUUUCGGCCAUCCAUCAGCUCGGGGGCGCAUCUUACUCCUGGCAAGAAGCUGGAGAGGUCCUGGUCGUUGAAGGCAAGGGUGGCAAUCUGCGAGCAAGCAAAGACCCUCUUUAUUUGGGGAAUGCCGGCACAGCAUCCCGCUUCCUGACUACCGUUGUCGCCCUUGCCUCCCCUAGCCAGGAAUCUCGUGUCAACGUUCUGACCGGCAAUGCAAGAAUGCAGGUUCGUCCGAUCGGCGCACUGGUUGAUGCCUUACGCUCCAACGGUGUCGAAAUCGAGUAUCUUGGUAAAGAGAACAGUCUACCCUUGCGAAUUGAUGCCGCUGGUGGAUUCAGGGGGGGGGACAUCGAGCUUGCCGCGACCAUUUCAUCACAAUACGUUUCAUCAAUUCUCAUGGCCGCUCCUUACGCCAAGAACCCUGUAACACUGCGUCUGGUUGGAGGCAAGCCUAUCUCCCAGCCCUACAUCGAUAUGACUAUUACUAUGAUGGCCUCCUUCGGUAUCAACGUGGAGGUUUCUUCGGAUGAGCCCAACACCUAUCAUAUCCCUCAGGGUACUUAUAAGAAUCCUCAGGAGUACACCAUUGAGAGUGACGCGAGUUCUGCGACUUACCCGCUUGCAGUUGCCGCCAUCACUGGCACCAAGUGUACAAUUCCCAAUAUUGGCUCAGAGUCCCUGCAGGGGGAUGCCCGCUUCGCUGUUGAUGUCCUGAAGCCUAUGGGCUGUUAUGUUGAGCAGUCUGACCACUCCACAACUGUCACUGGUCCUGCCCCUGGUCAACUCAAGGGCCUUGCUCACGUUGAUAUGGAGCCCAUGACAGACGCAUUCCUCACGGCGUCAGUCCUGGCCGCUGUCGCUUCGGGGACAACUCGAAUCACGGGCAUUGCUAAUCAACGCGUCAAAGAGUGUAACCGGAUUGCUGCUAUGAAGGACCAGCUUGCAAAGUUUGGCGUGCAAUGUAAUGAGCUUGAGGAUGGCAUUGAGGUGCUCGGCAAGGGCCAAGGUGGCAGUGUAGUGACGCCAAAGGUUGGUAUUCAUUGCUAUGAUGACCAUCGUGUUGCGAUGAGCUUUAGUGUCCUUGCGGUUGCCUCGCCUGGCCCUGUAGUCAUCACGGAGAGGGAAUGCGUUGGCAAGACCUGGCCAGGGUGGUGGGACAUUCUCUCCCAAGCUUUCAAGGUCGACCUGGUCGGUGAAGAGCCAGAUGUUGAUGACGAUGACCACGAGAGUCAAGAGGCAGUUUUGGAACGCUCAGUCUUCAUCAUCGGAAUGCGAGGCGCCGGUAAGACUACCGCUGGUAACUGGAUGGCCAAGCUUCUGGGUUGGAAAUUCAUCGACUUGGAUCAGGAGCUGGAGAGGCGUGCUGGGCGGACGAUUCCCGAAAUGAUCAGGGGUGACCGUGGGUGGGAGGGUUUCCGUGCGGACGAGCUGGCACUUCUGCAGGAUGUCAUGGAGAACAACAAGACUGGCCAUAUCUUCUCUUGUGGUGGCGGUCUGGUCGAGACUCCGGAGGCCAGAGAGAUGCUCAAGAGCUACGGCAAAAGCGGUGGCAACGUCUUGUUAGUCCACCGCGACACCGACCAAGUGGUUGAAUAUCUCAACCGUGAUAAAACCCGGCCGGCCUACACCAGUGAGAUUCGGCAGGUCUAUUUGCGCCGCAAGGACUUCUACAACGAGUGCAGCACACAUAUUUACUACAGUCCGCACUCCGAAUCGUCUGGCUCCAAGGCGGAGAUUCCCUCCGACUUCCAACAAUUCGUGCAUUCUAUUGCGGGCAGAAACUCUCAUUUCAAGGACGUUUUGAACAAAGACUAUAGUUUCUUUGUGUCUCUGACUGUGCCUGACGUAGACGAGGCUGUUGCCCUAGUGCCAGAGGUUGUGGUUGGCUCUGACGCAGUCGAGCUAAGGGUUGAUCUGCUCCAGGAUCGUUCCAUUGACUCUGUUACUCGUCAGAUCUCGACUCUUCGCGCCUCAGCGAAGAAACCUAUCGUUUUCACGUUGAGGACCGAGUCUCAGGGUGGUAAAUUCCCUGACAGUGCCUACGAGGAAGGUCUCCAACUCUACCGCCUGGCUUUGCAGAUGGGUCUGGAGUACGUCGAUGUUGAAAUGACGCUUCCCGACGACAUCAUCCAGUCUAUAACAGAAUCUCGCGGGUAUUCACGCAUAAUCGCCUCUCACCAUGACCCGAAGGGUACUAUGUCUUGGAAGAAUGCGUCGUGGAUUCAGUACUACAACCGGGCUCUCCAGUACGGCGAUGUCAUCAAGUUGGUUGGUAUUGCUCGCACUCCCGAGGACAACUUCGACCUUGCCAAAUUCAAAGCUCGGAUGCAGGAAGCGCAGAAGACACCCAUGAUUGUCAUGAACAUGGGCAAAGCUGGCAAGUUGAGUCGUGUACUGAACCGGUUCUUGACGCCCGUGUCUCAUCCGGCCCUACCCUUCAAGGCCGCACCAGGCCAGAUGUCCGCGGCUGAGAUACGCCGUGCUCUGGCAUUACUCGGCGACCUGGACCCAUACAAUUUCUAUCUGUUUGGAAAGCCCAUCUCAGCAUCGCGCUCGCCUGCUCUUCACAACACCUUGUUCGAGCAGAUGGGUCUACCUCAUCAGUACCAUCGUCUUGAGACGGACAAAAUCGAGGACGUACGUGAAGUGCUGAGGUCUUCUGAUUUUGGAGGCGCCUCGGUCACCAUACCUCUUAAGUUGGACAUCAUGAGUCAGGUUGACGAGCUCUCUGAUGCAGCUCGGGCCAUCGGAGCUGUCAACACCGUUGUUCCCUUAGGUAAAGCUGACACCAAUGGCCAUCGACGACUUUUGGGAGACAACACAGACUGGAGAGGCAUGGUACACGCUCUUCAUGACGCCGGUAUCGAGGAACAGGCAGACUCGGAUACAAGGGGGGCAGCCAUGGUCGUGGGCUCUGGCGGAACUACCCGAGCUGCCGUCUUUGCACUGCACUCUCUGGGGUUCAGCCCGAUUUACAUUGCCGCUCGUAACCAGGCCAAGGCAGACGCACUUGCAGCCGACUUCCCCAGUGAUUACAGUCUACAAGGCCUGAGCCAGGCUUCAGACAUAGACAAGGUCUCGCCGAACGUCAAGGUCGUCAUCAGUACUAUUCCCGCUGAUCGGCCUAUCGACCCAAUUCUGCGGGAGCUCGUAGCUGUCGUGCUCAGUCGGCCAGCUAUUAACGAAGAGCGCCGAGUCCUCCUCGAGAUGGCAUACAAACCCAGCCAUACCCCGAUAAUGCAGUUGGCAGAGGAUGCCGGUAACUGGACCACAAUUCCAGGGCUAGAGGUUCUUGCCUCUCAGGGGUGGUAUCAGUUUGAGCUCUGGACGGGAAUUACACCCCUUUACAAGGACGCCCGCGCAGCCGUUCUGGCCUGUGAUGGAAGGCCUUGACUCGAAUAAAACAACGGCGACGUAAUUUGGCACAAAUUGUGGGCUCCUGCGAUGCCAGCCACUUUGUUUCUGCUUGCUGGGGCGCUCAGAUAUAAGGUGCAAGAAGACUAUGGCGUUGG